GGGAGCUGCGAUUCUUCCCAUCAGUUCGCCGUAGACCCGCAUCCGCAACUUUUCGGCCGCAAGCGGCCUGCGCGACCCAGCGAGAGAGAGAGAGAGACAGAGAGAGAGAGAGAGAGAGAAAGAGAGAGAGAACUCUCUCUCCAACCCCUCGACCUCGUGCGGGCUCGAAUCGCGCUCGAUCACAGUUCACUACGCUUCGGGACGACAGCUCGCCGAGUAUGCACGUCGCGAGCGGAUCGGCAAGAGAGACACGAACACGUGGAUAGUACGAGAGGCAGAGUCGGGGGUGAUUGUGAAGAUUGAUUCGCAAGGAUUCGAUCAGCGAUAUGGUGAUGUUGUAACAUUCAUCGAGUAAAAGCCGCUCGCAAGGAGAGGAACACGCCCCUGCGCCUUUCCGCGCAGUUGAAUUACACCGGGCAAGAGGAGUAACGGAGGAAACGGCCGUUUCGUGCGCGACUUCUUCCGCGGCUUUCCCUCUGGCCUCUUUUCCACAACGUUGCUCACAUGUACCCGGCCAGACCAGCCGACUGCAUCAGCUGGCUGCUAUUGCAACAUCGUUUCCGAGCGUUGCGCUUUCGUUGUUGAUUCAAAACUCAGGGCAAGGUACAUUUCGUACAUGCUCGAGGGAGGAAGUCCUUUCACCGCUCACGUAGCCGAGAGGUGAAGUACGUCAGCUGAGGCUGCUGUACCCCGUCUUGAGAUCGGUCUGAGAGAGAGAGAGAGAGAGAGAGAGAGAGAGAGAGAGAGGAAGAGAGAGAGAGAAAGGACUCCGUAACAAUGAGGAUGAACGCGAUCGGUGUCGCGUCGCCAAACGCGUCGGCGGUGGCUGCAACUUCGCCGAAGAUUGAGCUCGCCUACGACAACGGGUCGUUCUCGUCGAUCUCCUACAACGACAGCGUGAAGAUGGACCUCAGCGAGAUACUAUGGGAUCUUUACGACAAGUUCAACGGCGAGACUAACUAUCUGCUGAUCAUCCUCUACGUGCCGGUAAUAGCGAUCGCCGUGACGGCCAAUAUACUUGUGAUCGCGGUGGUCUUCAAGUACCAUUACAUGAGGAGCGUGACCAACUACUUCGUGGUGAAUCUCUCCGUCGCUGAUUUGCUGGUUACCAUAAUAUGCAUGCCGGUGGCUGUCAGCCAAGCGAAGUCGAUCGUGUGGAGUCACGGUGAACUCAUGUGUAAACUUUCUUCUUAUCUGCAAGGUGUCGCCGUUGCCGCCUCGGUGUUCACCAUCACGGCGAUGAGCAUCGACAGGUACCUGGCGAUAAGGAGUCCCAUGGCGUUCCGUCGUGUAUUCAAUCGCAAGAGCACCAUGCUCGUUAUCGUCACCCUCUGGCUAGUGGCCCUGGGUAUCUUCGCGCCCGUCCUCAAAGGGAUGACUCUCCACAGUCCGGGCAGCGAACUCGUCAACAUCACUUUCCAAGGCGCCUGGGCGAUAAGGGGCAAUUUCUCGCACGACUCCUCGCGCUCGUCGCGGAUGCCGCCGGCCUUCUACAUCUGCUCGGAGGACUUUAGGCCCUUGGGCAUCCGGCCGCAUCUCUUCGGCACCGCGUGCUUCGUCCUUGUUUACGCUGUUCCGGGCUUCAUCGUGAUACUGGCCUACUCGAUGAUGGGUCGCACCCUGUGCUCCAGAAAACCGCCCUUCGACUGCGACAGCGUCGAGGGAAGCGCCAGCUCGCAGCAGAGCUUCCGAUUGGUACGCGAGAGGAGGCGAAUCGCCUGGAUAUUGCUGCUCCUCGCCGUGCUCUUCGCUCUCUGCUGGCUCCCCUACAACGUGCUCAGACUGCUGGUGGAUCUCGGCGCCGUCGAAGGAGGAAGAUCGAUAACGGACGCGCUCUCAUACUGCUUGUUCCUGGGACACGCGAACAGCGCCCUGAAUCCCGUGGUGUACUGCUUCAUGACGCGCAACUUUCGUCGCAGCGUCUCCGAGAUCCUGCGUCGCAGCUCCCAUGGCCUGGCGCGCCGUAAACCCCGUCGCAAAAGCGUGAUGAUCGAUGACGCUUGCGGCGGUUGUAGCGUGCCGGGCGCACGUCGCGGCCUGUUGCGCCAACGGAACAUGCUGCCCGGCUGCGGCUGCGGCAUCCCCAUGGGCGGCCAUCACGCCGUGCUGGCGUUGCGCCGCACCGCCACGUCCAGCAGCGGCUACGACAGCUUCUACAGCCGGCACAGUCCGCACCGCCGCUGCUACAUGCUGAGAAGCAUCCGCGACGUGCCGCAGGCGACAGCGGCGGCGGCGGCGGCGGCGGCUGCGGCGGCGGCGGUCGCCGCCGACCCGCCGGCGAACGUCGCCAACGGCGGCGGCGGAGGCGGCGGCAGCGGCGGAGGCGGCGACCGGGAGCCGCCGGUCGCGCCGGAGUACGAGAAGAACAACGCCCUCGAGAGCAGCCAGCCGCGUCCGAGCACCCUGUGCACCACGGACGAGCAGCGACGAUGUCCUUGA